CGACAAGCGUUCGGUGCACACCCUGACGUCGUUCUGCAGCGCUCUGCACAUCUCCCUGGUCACGCCCAGUUUCCCCAUGGAGGGGGAGGGCCAGUUCACCCUGCAGCUCCGCCCCUCUAUCAGAGGAGCUCUGCUGUCCCUGCUGGACCACUACGACUGGAGUCGCUUCGUAUUCCUCUACGACACAGACAGAGGUUAUGCCAUCCUACAGGCAAUCAUGGAGCGAGCAGGUCAAAACGGUUGGCAGGUGAGUGCCAUCUGCGUGGAGAGUUUCAACGAGGCAGCGUACCGUCGUCUGCUAGAAGACCUGGACCGCCGGCAGGAGAGGAAGUAUGUCAUCGACCUGGAGCCUGAGAGACUGCAAAGCAUUCUAGAACAGGCUGUUAGUGUGGGGAAACAUGUCAAAGGCUACCAUUACAUCUUGGCCAACCUGGGUUUUAAAGACAUAUCUCUAGAGAGAUUUAUGCAUGGUGGGGCUAACAUCACAGGGUUCCAGUUGGUUGACUUCAGUAAGCCAAUAGUCCUCAAACUGAUGCAGCGCUGGAACAAACUGGACCAGAGAGAGUACCCAGGCUCUGACAUCCCACCCAAGUACACCUCGUCUCUGACAUAUGAUGGGGUGUUGGUGAUGGCCGAGGCCUUCAGGAACCUGCGUCGUCAGAAGAUAGACAUCUCCCGUAGAGGAAAUGCUGGAGACUGUCUGGCCAACCCAGCUGCUCCCUGGAACCAGGGCAUAGACAUGGAACGCACACUCAAACAGGUGCGUAUCCAGGGUCUAACAGGUAAUAUCCAGUUUGACCACUACGGCCGCAGAGUCAACUACACCAUGGACAUGUUUGAACUGAAGAGCAAUGGACCACAACGGAUUGGCUACUGGAACGACAUUGACAAACUGGUUCUGGUCCAGAGUGAGGUGCUGUUGUCUAACGACAGCACAAACAUUGAGAACAGGACAGUCGUCGUGACAACUAUCAUGGAGGGUCCUUAUGUGAUGCUGAAGAAGAACUGGGAGAUGUUUGAGGGGAAUGACCAGUUCGAGGGCUACUGCGUGGACUUGGCCUCAGAGAUCGCCAAACACAUCGGCAUCAAGUACAAGAUCGCCAUCGUCCCUGACGGCAAGUACGGAGCCAGAGACCCCGAGACCAAGAUCUGGAAUGGCAUGGUGGGAGAACUGGUCUAUGGGAAAGCAGAGAUAGCGGUCGCCCCUCUGACUAUAACCCUGGUACGUGAGGAGGUGAUAGACUUCUCGAAGCCCUUCAUGUCCUUGGGGAUCUCCAUCAUGAUCAAGAAGCCCCAGAAGUCUAAACCUGGAGUGUUCUCCUUCCUGGACCCUCUGGCCUACGAGAUCUGGAUGUGCAUCGUCUUCGCUUACAUAGGGGUCAGUGUGGUGCUGUUUCUGGUGAGUCGCUUCAGUCCAUAUGAGUGGCAUGCAGAGGAGCCAGAGGAAGGCUCUACUGAGCCAGGCCCCACUGACCAGCCACCCAAUGAGUUUGGCAUCUUCAAUUCACUCUGGUUCUCACUGGGGGCCUUCAUGCAGCAGGGCUGCGACAUCUCACCACGGUCUCUGUCGGGGCGUAUAGUGGGGGGCGUGUGGUGGUUCUUCACUCUCAUCAUCAUCUCGUCCUACACGGCCAACCUGGCUGCCUUCCUCACAGUGGAGAGGAUGGUGUCGCCCAUAGAGAGUGCUGAGGAUCUGGCCAAGCAGACGGAGAUCGCCUACGGAACACUGGACUCAGGCUCCACCAAGGAGUUUUUCAGGAGGUCAAAGAUUGCUGUAUAUGAGAAGAUGUGGUCCUAUAUGAAGUCUGCUGAACCCUCUGUCUUCGCUAAGACCACAGCGGAGGGCGUAGCUCGCGUCCGCAAGUCCAAAGGGAAGUACGCUUUCCUCCUGGAGUCCACCAUGAAUGAGUACACGGAACAACGCAAGCCCUGCGACACCAUGAAGGUUGGAGGCAACCUGGACUCCAAGGGAUAUGGCAUCGCCACACCUAAAGGCUCACAGCUAAGGUGGGUGGAGUAG